UAAAAGCUUGCUCGACCACAUUUUCUCCAUUUUAUUCAUGACAGCCAAUUCAUAAAUACGCUAAUUCAUAAACACGCUAAGUUUUCUCUCACCGUGUUGAGGCUCGUUAUGGAAUCAGCUAUGAUUGUUAUUUUCGUAUCAUCAACCUUGCUCGUACGCUCGACCCACAGUCAUCCACUUCCUACCCCAACGCCCAGUCCAGAACCAAGUGACCUUGAGAAUUCGAAUCAAGAAACAGCGUCAUUUCUUGUCAAUUGCGCGACCCUUGUGGUCACUAUAUUAUUCGGCAUAAUUGCUGCCUGGCUGCAGUGGAAGUGCGGACGAAGGCAAACCCAAUCCAUUCCGUUUCCAGUGUCUCAUUCAUCAGGAUCUAUAAUUUUACGACGCACCCUAUUCGCCAGCGAAUUCUAUUACGCUGCCUCCGCUGAAACCCGUUCACAGAAUGGCCACUCAAGGCCUAUACCUACUCGUCGAAGGAUGGCUGGAACGACUUGAAUAUUUCAAGUUUGGCAUCUAAAUAUGUUCAGCACAGCUUACACUGUUCUUCUGGAAAGUUCAAACAGGAGAAUAGGCCAGCUCGACUUUAUCAACACUCACAAGCUAUCCCGAAUGACUAUCAUCAUUACUAGCACCACUAUUCCUAUCACUUGGGAUCGAGAUCGUAGACAAAGGAAACGAAGGAGGACAGUACAUGCCCUAGAUAAUAAAUGCACUCAGAA